CUUCACGCAUGCUUACGACAUGCGGCAGCGUCGCAUCAGUUUUGACUUCCGCAUACUACUAUGAACAGGAGGACCACCUUUAGACAAGAAACCACUGUUAAUCUUUAACACGACAGUUGGACAAAAUGUCAGAUUCAGAUUCAGAUUCUGACUAUUUCUGGGAAGACAACAGACACCGGGUUAAUGUUAGACAUGAUACAGUUAUCGCCCUCCGUCCAUCAGAGGAGAUUUUUGAUCGAUGGCUCCGUAUCCCUGCUGAUACCAGAAGAGAAGCUGGACAGCGGAUGAGAGUUUGUGCCUUCUGGCUUCCCAUUCUGCUGCAGCGUGAAGACUCCAGCCCUACUGCUUGUUGGGCUAUACAAAUAGGUCUUGUCAAGACAAAGAAUAGUGACGAUAUAACUCUGAAGCAGCUGAAAAGGAUAGAAAUAUUGGAAGCAAUCCUCAACGCCAUGGAGAGAGGAAGUUUGAGAAAGGACCAAACGAGGCACAUCAUCCUGAUUAGCAACAUGUUUAACUUGCGUUCCCCAGAGGUUUUGGACGAUGCAUUACACUGGUUGGAGCGAACAGGAGAACCUGAUAUUCGCCGUCGCGUCUUGCAGCUUGGCCCCCCACAGACCUGCUUAAUAGCCCUGCACCUUAUCUUUACCGAGUUUGCCAAGUAUGUUCAGGACAUGGGUUCCAACUUGGAGAAGACAAUGAAGGCACUGAUGGCUCGACCAUCCGAGUAUCUCAUGGAGAAAAGUGAAGAAAUGAAGAAGAAAGGAAAUGAUAACUAUAUCAAACAACAGUAUGAAGAGGCUGUGAAGUUUUAUUCCAAAGCCAUCAAAUAUUACCCUGACAACCACUUCAUUUAUGGAAACAGAGCCCUUUGCUAUAUCAAAAGCGAGAUGUGGCUAAAAGCAGUUGGUGACGGAAAACGUGCUACUCUGAUAAAACCGCUCUGGGCAAAGGGUCACUACAGAUACUGUGAGGCAUUGUUCUCCAUGGGAGAGAUCAAAAUGGCUAUUGAAGCCAACAGAUCAGCCCAGAGGCUGUGUAAGGAUGACCAUGAGGGACUCAAAGACCUGGAACAACAACAACAAAAAUUCAAAUCAAUUGCUGAACCCAAAGCUGUACAGCCAAAGAGUAGGAAUAAAAGUAGAGCCGACAGCACAAACAGAGCAGAGGCAGCGGAGCCACGACAACAGCAUUUUACAGUUGGUCUGGUGAAGAAAAUUCCACAGAGCAAGGUCUCUGAGGUUAAACUGGAGAAGCAACAAGGGAAAAAUGAGCGGACUGCACAGAUGAAGGAGCGUACUAAAGACCCUAAACCCUCAAAAAGUGAGGUUCCUCCAAAGACUGGAAAAGGAGAGCCCAGCACCACAGCAAAGAAGAAAUCAAAGAACAGAAAUAUCCAGUCUGAAGUUGAGAAAGUGACCGACAGUAAAGCAGCUGUAUGCAAAGAGCUGAGAUCCAUGGUGCAGGAUGCCCAUACUGCUCUGGCCGACCUCCGCACACGUAACGCAGAGCAGGCCUUCAGCCAGGCACUGGUACUGCUGGAAACCACCACACCCAAGGAACUUGGACUUUCCACACUGGAUGUACUGCUACUGCUGUACGGUCGUGCACUUGCUCUGACAGAAAUAGGCCAGUCUGAGGAACUUUCAGAAGCACAAAAACUUAUGGAGAAGAUCAAAUCAUUUGAAGAAAGAACAUUUCAGUGUUUGGUUUACUAUGCCAUUGGGAGGGUGUAUCUUAAAGAGAACAGGUUUGCAGUUGCUCUGGAGCAGUUUUCAGAUUCCCUGCAGAUGGUCAAGAAUCAAAUAACACCUGGUAAACUCACCUGGCCUUUAACAAAAGAGAUUGUCAAAGUAACGCAGCCUGACUAUUUCAAGGAAAUUCUGGAGAGUGCUAUAGAGUUGUGCAAAUUUCCUCCUAUUCCUGAUGCCAUUUGUCGACUUGAGAAAUGCCACGGCUCUUUGAAAACUGAAAUCUACUUCACUGACCCAGAUUUUAAGGGUUUCAUUCAAAUAUGCUGCUGUCAGAGUUGCACGGUUGAAUACCACAUCACCUGUUGGAAGACUCUCAAAACAUCAACCUUCUUUGAAAAGAAUGAAAAGGAUUUCCUGCAAGAGGCAUGUUUGACUCCAGACUGUGUCGGCCAAAUCUGUAGUAUCAAAAUCUUUGGUCCAACAGGUCUGGUGAAAUGUAAGUUUGAAGCUGCCAUCCCCAAACCACAGACUCCGAAGAAGCCAAAAGUAAAUCAGAAAUGUACAAGUCUCAAAAAGUUAAAAUCAAAGGAAGAGCGCCGACUCAAGAGGAAGCAGCAUAAGCAGUCAUUUCACGAUAAGCAGGCUAUCAACGAUGAGAUCCUGCAGCAGAAAGAAGACUCUGCAACGCAGAGUAAACAGAAAGCCUGGUUGAUGUACAGGGAUAGAGUUUUGCUGCAGAUCAGCCAGAACAUGGAGCUACUGAGAGAGGAGAAGGGCCUCCAUGUGUCGGCCCUGACCAGCAGUCUGAGGCCCUGGCUGGAGCUGGACUCAUCCAGAGGGAACAAGCUGGCUGAGAGGAUGCUGAACUGGCAGCAGGAGCAGCUCAAGACGCUUGGUCAGGCUGUUGAGCUUCUGCUAGAGAGGAGGAACCGGGUUUGGGCUCGUGUCCUGCUCCAACUACUCAGUAGCUGUCUGGAGAUAAAUGCCAAACUCUACAACUGGGCGUGCCAGCUCAACAAUGCAGACCUGAAUGCUGCCAAAUCCUUUAUUGAACGCCAUGCAGGACACUUGGAGCAGCUGGACCUUGCUCUUCUGCUCAGCUUUGGCCCAUUGCAGGAGAUGAUUAUAGAGAAGCUCGGUACUAGGCCAGAGUUUUUUUCAAGCAUUGGCUUGACUGUGACUGAAUACCUAAAACAGGCCUCACCACAUGACAUGAGACUCUUUAUCUGGACUCUGGAGGAGCAUAGGGAUGAGUAUCUCUCCUGCCACACUAUACUGGAUGAGUAUUUUGAUAUGAUGGACGGACAUUGUUCAGUCUUAAAAAAAUCUGAAGAAAAUCAAAAUAAUUCUCCUAUGAAGGCUAAAAGUCGAGGCCGGAAAAAGAAACAGAGAGAGCCAAAGGGUGUUAUUGUUUUGUCUGGGAUGAGAGGUGUAACUCCAAGAGAUGAGUGGGACCAAGACUUUUUUGAAGAUGACUCUUUAUCAUUCCUUCACCCUGUUGAUCCAUUCAGUGUACCGAGUCAUCUUCGGGAUCAAGUGGCUGAUUUUGAGGACCAGUACAAUGGCACCAGACACAGAAGUCACUUUAAAACGAUUUUGGACAACCACCCUGACCCAACAAAAGAGAGUUUGUAUGACUACUUUGCCCAGAUCCUGGAGGAGCAUGGACCCCUGGUUGCUGAAGACCCACUACUGGUGGGUGAACUGGAAAAUUUCCCUCCCGUGGCUCAGCUGAAGAUCGACGAAGCAGGUGGCUUCGAGUCAUUCCUCCUGGAAUCCCUUCGCUUCAUAAAGAUGGGGAGGUGUAUUGGCCUGGCUAAGCAUGCUGUUUCCCUGCAGCAGGCUGGACACGGAGCCAGUCUGGAUGACCUGGACGACUUAAUGGAUCCUGACACAAACUCUCUAUCUCCUGAUUUGUAUGAAUCUCCUUUAACAAGCUAUCCGGAUGAUUUUUCAUCUACACAGACUGAACUCUUUCCCAUGCUCCCAAAUCCUUAUCUGUUUGGCUUCCAGUCAGUUAGUGGAGUUACUGCUUCUGUUGGCAGUAUCACAGGGAAUGAGUCCUACUCCACUUGGAGUAACGGUGACAGUCUACAGCAAGCCCCUUACUUUUCAAUUGACCAUCAUUCGGGGUUGGAUCUACAUGUCGAUGAGUUUUAUGAUGGAGUUUUGGAAAUGGGUCUCUUUUCUGGUGGAGUCGCUCCAUUGACAACUGAGGAAAACAUUUUGAAGAGACAUGCAGCAGCACAGACAUGUCCAGAGACCAUGAGCAGUGUAGCGGUAAACACAGAGCUUCAUGAGCGGUUUGAGAGCUGCCAGGGUGACAUCAUCAAAAUGGAAAAGAGCAAUGAUAGGUUGGAGCAGCAGAUCAAGGCAAUGGCAUCCGGCUGUGACAAAGUCAACUUAAAGCACAAAGAAGACAUCAGUUCCCUCGAGGAAGACAUACAGAAAAUCACUGUCAACAUACAAGUGACCAAUAAAGAGCUGGCACUGUUCCAGCACAAACUGGAGGAGGAGGUGAAGAAGGACCAAAAGGAGAAGAAAGCCAACCAAGAGGUGCUGAAGUCCCUCAAGCUGGAGAUAGAGGAGUUGGUGGAGGAACACGGGAGUCUGGUCCGAAACAUCCGAGAGAAGAGAGCCAACUAUGACGCAAAGUUCAGUGAUUUCCUUGAGCUGGGCAAUCAUUCAGCAACUGAGAAAAUGAGUCUGGAGGAUGAGAUCAAGCGCUGUAAGGUCUUGUUCACCUCGGCUACCAGGAGGUCUCUCACAGCUCGGUUGUCUGUAGUGGAGAGCAACCGGGAUCAGGGUUUGUACGGCCUCUACAGAGAGCUGGCAGAUGCCAAGGCUUUGCUGACCAAACUGGAUGAAGCAGUGCACAGAUACCCAAACCAAGACCUGGAAAUGACUAGAAACAGCUGGAGAGUCAGUGUCCAAGAAAUUGAAAAGAAAAUCUCCACUGCUGAGACACAGUACCAGGAACAGAUUGAUCAAGCGAAGAACGGCAGGAGAGUCAGUGAGUUGUCUCCAGUCAACAUCAACAACCAGUCUGAACCUCCAGCACAACCACUCUCUGUGACAGCCAAAGAGUUUCCCGCUCAGUCUCCAGCCCAGGCGUCACAUGGCGCCCCCUCGCCCACCCACAAGUCUGCAGCUGAGCCACUCGCCCCUCCGGCUCAGACGCAGCACAGACCUCCACCCAGGGCACUGGAGCAUCCACACAGCACUGUGUUUGACAGAGCCAUGGAGCGCCUGUCCACCAUUUUCCCUGACUAUACAAGGUUGGACUUGAUGAGGUUUGUUCAGGAGUUCCGUUCAUCCAGCGGGGGAAGCCUCAGCAGCAUGGCGUUGCAGGAUGUGGUUGGUGGAGUGACCCAGUUGAUCCUGGACCAUCAGGAGAAGCUCAAUUCUGUCAGAUCCAACAUUGUGGGACGUGGGAGUCCAGCUCAGUGUGCUACUCCCCCUUUGGUAAACCCAGUUACCGUCUGGCAGCCAGUUGGAUCCCACAGAGCCACACAUCCCAACGCACUCAACAUGGAGGAUCCCUGCAUCAUCUGUCAUGAUGACAUGAGUCCAGAUGACAUCUGCGUGCUGGAGUGCAGACACAGCUUCCAUAAAGAGUGUAUAAAGUCAUGGCUGAAGGAGCAGAGCACCUGUCCCACCUGCAGAGAUCACGCCUUGUUGCCUGAAGAUUUCCCUGUGCUGUCUGGCAGGAGACGCCAAGCCCCAUAAUGUCUUAAUCCAGAUUGUCUUGUUCUUCAUUACUUAAAUGUUUGCUUUUAUGUUUAAUAAUUUGAUUUUACUUAUUAUUCCAUUAAAAUCUCUUUUUUGUAUCAUUAAAUUGUUGAUGUGCAAGAAGACAAGAGUUUAUACUCUGAAGAAAUAAAACAUGUGUGAGCA